AUGAAACCAUCAUCAAUCCUUAGAACCCUCUCAUUUCGGAUUCCGGUGAGGCUAUCGGCUUCUCCGGCCAUCGCUCCAUUGCCUAUCAUAGCCCCAUUUGAUCGACAAGCCACGGCAGAGUUAGAUACCCUUCUAUCCCCUGAUGUUAUUUUUCAUCACCAUUGGCUAUGUCAUGCACUUAAUGCAUCAAUCAACACCCAAAAGAUAGCCCUAGAGUCGCUCACAAAUGCCAACAAUGUUGCUGCCUUGUAUCAACAAGAUUCAAAUCGAAAAUCCAUUGAAGAAUAUCUUGAUGAUGGUAACAUCAAAUUGCUUGAUUCAUGUAACGAAGUGUUGGAGAAAAUAGAAGCUGUUCAAGAAUAUGUAAAGUCACUGAAGGUAGUGUCACAUUUGCUUCAAGAAGGCAAAUUUGAGCCCAGUCCCAUUACUUUAGCUCGUGCAAGAAACAUGUUAGAACAGACAAGUGAUGUUAUGGAACGAAGACUAAGCAAAGAAAUGAAAAAUUACAGGUGUAGAUCAUCAGGUUGGAGCAGCUUCAGGAAAUUAUCGAGUCGAAAAAAGCUAGCCCCAGAUGGUUCCACCAAAAACCAUGACUUGGGAGAAUUUGGUGAGAUCUUGAAUGGGUCCAAGGCAGUAGCAUUAAUGGUAUGUCAGAUUCUUGGACUAGCUCUAUCAUCUAUGUCAUCAAAGGGCUGCAGCUUAGCAACACAAUCUCAGCCAACGAUGACUUCUUGGUCAUGUUCUUUGAAAGAGUUACAAAAUCAAGUGAAGAAAGAAAGUGAGCAGAAAGAUGGAAAAUGGAGCUCAACGAUGCUCUCAGAACUGCAAGAGACAAUGGCAUUGACGUGGGAAUUAAGGAGGCAGAAUCAUAUUGGAGCUAAAAGGCAAAGAGAGAUUGUUGAGGAGUUGAAUAGAAGGUGUGAGAAAUUAGAGGAUGAGGUUGGGAUUUUAGAGGAAGGAGUGAGGGAUUUGUAUAGACACUUGGUUUCAGUUAGGAUGGCUUUAUUGGGAAUUUUGUCCAAAUCCUAA